CUGUUGUCGUUCUCGUUUCCUUUCCUUCCAAGCGCGGUUGCCAAUAUGUGUUACGUAAAAAUCCUGGUCGUUUUCUCUAACCGACAAAUUCAAAAAUAACUAGACGUUUUUCAGGACAUUUGCAGGUUUGCCGCUCCAGAACGACAAAGUAAAAUACACGUUGAUAAAGCCUAUAUACGUAAUGCUUAAACAAAGCUGUCAUUGAUUAUUGGGAAAUGACAGCACAGUAACAUUUCUGAUUAUCCUACGGGAGACAGAACAUAUCAGUACCUAUAUCAGUGGGAUACCAUGCAUGUAGGUAUUAGUUACAGAUAACGGAUAAAAGUGAAGGAAACAAAUAUAUGCUAAGUUAAGAUGGAGAAUGUUCAUAACGCCAUUGUGUCGGGCAUUUUCGCAGCUAGUGCAAGCACUCUGGGCAAGCUUUGCGGACUGUCUUCAUUUCAGGAUAGAUUUUUUAUCAGAUUGCUGUUAUUUAUUACAAUGAUUGUUUGCAAUGCAGCUGUAUGGAGAUUUUUUGUGAGAGGCCUGCAACAGUGUGGAUCAGUUAAAGCAACCGCUAUAAGUUCAUCAACAAAUUAUAUAUGUUCUGCCAUUAUAGGGUUUGCUGUUUUCGGAGAAGUCACCUCAUUACUUUGGUGGUCUGGGAUGACUCUAAUAAUAUGGGGAUUAGUACUAAUCGUUACUGAUCAGGAAGAGGAUAAUAUCAAAGAAAAAUCUACUUAGUUAUUUAAUAUAUAUUUGUAUAUUUUAAUUAAUCAAUAUAUUAUUAUAAUUAUAAUUCAAAAAGUACAUACUUCUCG